GGUCCCCUGUCUUGGUGCCUGAGGCGCAGCUCUGUGGAAAGUUGCUCCUCUCUCCGGCGGUGUCGCGCUCCUCUCUGCUGUCACUUCACUUCCCACCUCCGUCAUGCCUCUCCUCCUCCUGCUGCAGACAUGGGAGUUACCGGCUACGACUGGAAACUAACCAACUCUGCUGCGCCUUCUGUCCGAGUUCAGGGCUCCAUCACCAGCCGGGGACACCCCGCAGCGCGAAGCUGAGCCUUUCCUUAUCAGUUCCACCCUUUUCUGUGAUUUGUUCGUUUGGUUCCACGUCAUUAAUGGACUCCGGGAGCUGCGUGUGAGAUUGUUUGCAAUUUCCGUUCACGCAGCUGAAGAUGGAGACGGUGAUGGAGAGGGAGUGCAGCGCGCUGGGGGGGCUUUUCCAGACUGUCAUUGGAGACAUGAAGGGCAGCUACCCUGUCUGGGAUGACUUCAUCAGCAAAGCCAACAAACUGCAAACACAACUAAGGACGACGGUUGUCGCAGUAGCCGCUUUCCUGGAUGCAUUUCAGAAAGUGGCUGAUCUGGCAACUAACAGUCGAGGAGGGACCAGGGAUAUCGGUUCAGCGCUCACCAGGAUGUGCAUGAGGCAUCGCAGCAUUGAGGCCAAGCUCCGUCAGUUUUCCAUGGUGUUUCUGGACUGCCUGAUUAACCCUCUCCAGGAGCAGAUGGAGGAGUGGAAGAGGGUGGCCAAUACUCUGGACAAAGACCAUGCCAAAGAGUAUAAAAAAGCCCGUCAGGAGAUCAAAAAGAGAUCAUCAGACACUUUGAAGCUGCAGAAGAAAGCAAAGAAAGCUGAUUUUUUUGGUCGCGGAGACCUUCAGCCCCAGCUGGACAGCGCCAUGCAGGACAUCAGCGAUAAGUACCUGCUGCUGGAGGAGACGGAGAAGCAGGCGGUGCGGAGGGCGUUGGUGGAGGAAAGAAGCCGUUUCUGCAUUUUUGUCUCCAUGCUGCGGCCAGUCGUGGAUGAGGAGAUGUCCAUGCUGGGGGAGAUCACCCACCUCCAGACUCUCACAGAUGAUUUGAAGAUCCUGACCAUGGACCCACACAAGCUGCCUGCCUCCAGUGAGCAGGUAAUUGUAGACCUGAAGGGCUCGGAGUGCACCUGGUCUUACCAAACCCCUCCCUCCUCUCCAAGCACCACCGUAUCUAGGAAGUCCAGCAUGUGCAGCCUGAACAGCGUGAACAGCAGCGACUCUCGCUCCAGCGGCUCACACUGCCACUCCCCCACCUCCCACUUUCGUUACCGUGCCUCCUCAUCAUCAUCUUCCUCGGUGUUGCCCCAGCAGACGCCGGCCCGUCUCUCUUCGGUCUCCUCCCAUGACUCUGGCUUUAUUUCCCAGGAUGCCUACCAGUCCAAAUCCCCUUCACCGAUGCCUCCAGACAACUUGCAGUCUGUCAAUGAGGAGUCUUCCUCUUCCUCUUCCUCCCCCUCACAUCCUGAGCCCAGCUCCGGGCAACAACAGUUGCCAAACGGCUUUGACCAUCACGCUGCCCUCUGUCUUCACGGAGUGGUCCUGCAGGGCCCGGACACCCACCUCCACCCUUCAUACUUCACCUAUUCCUCUUCCUCCACCACCACCUCCCCCAUCUCCUCGCCCUCCUAUCAGUGUGUUUCACCUACCUGGGCGUGGUCUCGCUCGGGUUUCAGCCAAAUGGGAGAGCUCUCGCCUCCCGGCCCGUCAGGGAUUGGAGUGAUCCCAUCAUCCAGAGUCCCGUCCUGGAAGGACUGGGCCAAACCAGGUCCGUACGACCAGCCAAUGGUUAACACUCUGAGGCGGAGUAAAGACAGGAGAGAUACUACAGAUCCCAGCAGCCACCAAGGCUCUGUUGUCACCACUCCAGUUGAGGACCAACCGGGGAUUAAAGGAAACCACACUGUGAUGUCUUCAAAAGGGGAGAAGGAGGCUCAUGAGGAGCUGGCCAGAGCGCUGGCCCGAGGCCUCCACCUGGACAUCCACGGCUCCAGUAGGGACUCGCUGCAGGGCUCCAGUGGCUACAGCAGUCAGACCAACACACCCUGCUGCUCAGAGGACACCAUCCCCUCACAAGUGUCAGACUGCGACUACUACUCUGUUGGUGCUGAUCAGGAGGGUGAGCAUCAGUCAGACUUCGAUAAGUCCUCAACUAUCCCGAGGAACAGUGACAUCAGUCAGUCCUACCGCCGCAUGUUUCAGUCCAAGCGCCCAGCUUCCACUGCCGGUCUGCCUUCUAAUCACUCAGCCAUCAUUACCCCUGGGGUGGCUACAAUUCGACGGACUCCAUCAUCCAAACCCAACUUACGUCGACCCUCUGGGGGCCUGAACUUGGGUCCCAUUCCUAUCAAGCCCCCUAUGAUCCCAGUGAAAACCCCUACUGUGCCUGAACAUCCUGGUUUCCCAAGCAGAGCAGAAGAUGGUAAUACACCACGGACCCCAUUAAGCCCCCCAACCACCCCUUUGUCACCUAGCAGCAACGAGCCGCUGUCACCAAAGUCUGUCGCCUGGGGAACCCAGCAGCAGGACGACGGAUCAGAUCCUCCUACCCCACCGCCUCAGCCGGGCGGUCGGCUGACAGAAUGGGAACGCCGGCCUCUCCCUGAGCUUCUGGAGGAGACGGAGUACUGCGAGAUGGAGGACUUUCUGGUGACUAUCCGGCGAGGUGUUAAACUCAAGAAGACGAUGUCCAAUGACCGAUCGGCUCCCAUUAUUCAAUGAAACCACCAGGGUCAACUGGACUACACAAUCUGUCACUUUCACAAUAUUGUCUUGAAAGGACAGAAAAUGGCUGUAGUGAGUAAGAGUUACAACCUGAAAUUGUGCCAAAAUAGUUGGAAGUUGCCCUGAGACUGACCGAAGAUCAGUUUGAGUGUAAGGAAAUAAUGGAAACAAGAAACUUUGACCAUUGGCACCUUGGACGAGUCUGCUUUGCUGUACAUGGUUUCACAAAGAGGACAAUCCGCUAAAAAACAAGGAAAGUUGGUCUUAUUCCAUUUUACAAACAAGCAUACAUGCUGAGAACUCCAACACUUGUUUUAAAUUAGGGAAAGUUUGAUCAGAAUCAAGCAGGAGGUAUAGAAAGACCAUUUUAGGAGUCUUAGUUGCAUUUGACCAGUGAAAUAUCCUGUAAGGGAUUACUACAAUGGUCACUGAUCUGAGAUUUUUCCAUCAGGGCAACUUCAAGAUGUAAAAGAAGGGAAAUGGUUUACUUGUGGAUUUUGAGAGAGUUGGAUAAAGUCUUUCUGGUAGAGGAAAAUGCUUAAAUGAAAUGGAAAGAGAUGAAGAUUAAAUAGAAAGAUUCUGAGCAACUGAGCAAUUUCAAAAGAUUGACUGAUUCUGUGUAUGUAAAUAUUCAAAUUUCUUUUGUUCUUAGCUCAUUUCACAUCCUCAUAGUUACCCUUUUUCAAAUUAAUGUGCCAAAACACCCCAAAAUAAUUUCCAUGUACCUGAAAUGAUACCAGUUUUGUGUAACCGGUUUUCUGUUUUGUAUAUGUAGGGUAGCAAAUAGAGUGAAAUCCUUCACUACAAAUGGUUUAAUGCUACAGUUAAACAGUAGACUGCCCUGCAUGAUGUUACAAUUUAAGUCAUUUUUAGAUUUUAAAGUGAAAUAAAUCCCAGCAUUGAUUGCAGUUCAGUAGGCUAAAUCUGCUUUACCUGAGUAAACCAAUCCAUGCCUGUAAACUUAAAAUUAAGAAAAAAAAUUAGGUACUGUUAAAUAUUUAUUUUUUGCAAUCUAGGUUUAACUUUUGUUUUAAAGAUUUUUUUUCUGUAAAGCACUUUGAAUAAUUCAGACAAAUUAAAAAACUGCAACAGUUAGUGAUGAAUUACUGCAAACUGUAAAACUUUAUGUGCCAACGUUACUGUAUGUGUUAGCAUACGUAGCACUACUAGAGGCUGUUGCGGCCUUUCUCUGGUAAUUGGAGUAAAUUGUAUUGGUCUGUUGUGGUGAAGCCUUUGUGCUGAUAUUAGCUGGCACUGGUGUAAGCAGUAGUGGAAAAUAUUUUAGUAAAAACAUUAUUUAGUCAGACUUUAAAGUUUAGUAGCGUGCUACAGUAAACAGAGUAUUAAAGCAAAUCAUAUAAAUAUGUGAGGAUUUGAAAUAGAGAUUUUCUGGGGACAAUCAUAAAAAAUUUUAAUUGCAUUAAAAUGUUAUUUUAGUUUAGUUUUAAACUUGGUGACAAUGUGCUGAAAGCCUUUCAAAGAAAGCUUUAGUAGAUUGGAAAAUCAAACAAAUUAUUAUUAUUUUUUUUGCAAUUAUUUAGUGGAUGAAAAACCUUGCAUUAAGAAAUUGUAAUUUACAAAAUUGCCACUGUCCUAAUUAUCGGAAACACUAAAAAUUCUUUUGAAAAUGGAUGUUAUGGAGGUUUUUUAGAUUUAUACUUUUUUAUGUUGAUCAAUGUUUUUAGGAAAUUUUAAUUAUUAAUCCAAGACUUCCUGGUUCUGUUGGGUAUAAACAGGACAUAUCAGAGGCCCAUUCCCCAGCCAGAGAAAUGCCAUUUGGGUAAGGCAGAUGUAUGUUGACAUACAGUCAGAAAGAGAGUCUCAUAAAAAUAGAUACUUGCCUAACUUUGCCCAUACCUACAGUCAGAGCAAUAAAGAAAAUAACUAGAACUGUGACAAAUCUAACUUGCCAACAUACACGGUGAGGAGGGUAAGAACAAAAAGUUAGAGAAAUCAAAAAAGUGCUUCUCUAGUGCCUGAUUUCGACUAAGCGAUACGGCACAAGUACUUCAGAGGUGUCAUGCAUUGGGGGAACUGCUGUGGAUUUAUUGGGUUUCUAAUUCCUUCAACUCUUACAUUUCCACCACUGAGACACAACGGUUAAAUUGUCCUGUCUUAAAAUCUCAUUUUGAAAGUAAAGAUUCAGUCUCACCCAAUUUUUCCUUCUAACUGUAUGUUUAUCUGCUAGAUUUUUAAUAAUCAAAAAGGUUUAUAGGUUGGCAUUAGUGAGUAAACAACACAAAAACCUCCUUGUGCUGCCAGAAACUGCUAUAAAGUGGCAUCUUCACACAUUUAAAUUAUUUAUUCUUUUAAAUAUAUAUACUGUAUAUGCAUUUACAUUUCUAAAUUACCAGCUGUACUUUUACAGUAUAUGAAACCUAUAUAGAUAGUUAAUAUGCAUGAUAAUUCAUGCCUUUUUUUGGUUCAUAAUUUUCCACUAGAACUCCUCCCCUUAGCAUCACUCUAAAGGACCCCAUUUUCUAUUCCACCCUGUAAUGUUCCAUAUGAAUCACAAAUGUGUCAUAUUUCUUGUGACUGCUGUGUCUGAGAACUCAAGCCUGUCCUGUUUCCCACUCCAGGUUUACAAAAACAGUUGUGUAGCUGAUGCGAUACCAAGCGAAUGAAGCUGAAUGUUUGAGCCUGUGACCAACCAACAGUGGGUGAUUUUCCUACUGAGGAUUAGACGAGUAUUAGGAGUUACCUCCAGUUGUAGCGUUAAAAUAUUCUGCUUGAUUAUCUGCACCGUUCCUCAGUGUGUUCUGUCAGAAAUGUUAUUUAAAGUUUAACUCAAGUUGGAUCUACAACCAUUUUUGUCCUGUGCUCGGCGUGUUUACAUGCCAUUUCCGUCAGUGUCUCCUUAAAACCCUUUAACAUUUGGCCUUUAACACAAGCUGCCAAAUUUUUUUACAGUGUAUGCUGAAUAAUCCUCUGAAUUUAGGUUUUGUAUGCUUUUCUUACUUCAGGUGCUCCUCUGUGAAGCUUUGCAAUCACUCCAUUGAUAAAUUGUUCCAGCUAUUUAUUUUCAACUGAUUAGUUUUUUGACUGUAAAGUUAUCGUUUUCCCCAGUAAAAUUUUUAUUUUAGAUUUAUUAUAGGCUUAUUGUGGGCUACCUGCUGUACAUUCUGGCAUUUGUACAUUUAUAUAAAUGUUCUAAUUGUACACAAUUAGAACAUUUCAGUUGAUUUGACUAAAACCUUUGAACAGUAAGACAAGCAUGCCGUCUUGGGAACAUUGAUUUUGUGGUUUGGAGGUGGGUUAUGUGUGAAGAGAUAGAUGCUAAGAAAAUAUUUGAUAAAAGUCUUAGAAUUCUUGUUUGAGUUUUUUUCUUUUUGGCUUACAUUUUUUAUUUUUUUUAUUUUUCUACUAUAAAUUUGAAAUUUAAGCACUCAGUGAUAGCAGUAAAAAUUGACAUCAAGAAGAACAGAUUCCUAACAAAACAGAUGCUACCAUUAAAUCAAGAAAGUAAACAUUCUGUUAAGACUUGCUAACAGUUUAAAAGUAAAAAAAAAAAAACCUACUCUGGGAUAUAAGUACUAAACUCCUAGCCUAUUUGUCAAACCUACCUCCAUACAAGUUAAACUGAAAUUACUUCAAAUGUCCACAAUCAUAUCCUUACUAAUGCUAACAAUGUUGGAUGAGACAUGCUUGUUUUUUCUCUCUUUGGUAAGUUUUUGAAUAUCUGAUUUUCUUAUUCCAGUUAUUUCAUUCAGUUGUCACACGAAUGUAAAUUUUUCUACCGUUAACUCAGAUGAAUAAAUUCCCCACGGGCUUUUAACAUAAUAAAGAGUAAAGCUGGAUAU